AUGAGCGACAUCAAUGCAUCGGAAAUCACGAGGAGCUCCAUAUUAUCCGCAGAUACCGACAGACCUCAGUCUGCAAGUCAAGAGCGAGUGACACCUAUUCGAGAGGUUCCGCGAGGCAUGGCUUCCCCUGCAUCACGAACUCCAACAAGAACGCCAGUAGCUUUACAGCAUGGCCUUGGAACACAGCAUUCGAAUUACUCACGUGGCAACUUGAGUCUGCAAAGUCCGACUGAAGAACAGCAUAUGCUGGAAGAGUACGAGAUUGACGAACAUGGUCGCAAAGUACCAAUGCACGACUCACCUGAGCACGACCAGGAAGAUUCGUAUGUCGAAGAAGAACAACACCAUGGUCACAGCGGUGCGAUUGCAGCUGGUCUAGCAGGAGCCGCCGCUGGCGCUGGUCUAGGGGCCAUGCAUCACCUCCAUGAUCAUCACGAUCCUGAACUUAUCCAAGAGGACCAAGCAAUACACCACGAUUACUACCAUCAAGAAGUGCCUCCACCUCUUCGAUAUGUUCCGUAUGCUCAAGAACGACGUGGUCUGAGUCCUAUCCAAAGCGUCUCUGGCUACACUGAAGGCGAACCAGAUUCGGCACAAAGAGAUUCGAGGUUGACGCAUAGCACUGGAUCGUACUCUUCCUUAAACCGAUCGGUCCUUCAAGGUCAAUCGGGCAGAUCUCUAAAGUCUGUCGACUCAUUAGGAAACGUUCUCGCCAACCGCCAUGACUUCAAAGAAGUUCGACAAGGAGAGCUCGCCGAUUCCGAGAUCACACAAGAUGGCGAAUACUGGGAGGAACAACACCGAGAGAAUGAUCGUCAACGUCAUCUGGACAAUGACAAUGAGAGCUAUCGCAGUUCUGAUCCGAUUGACUACAAGCACAUGACCAAUUAUACCGAUGACAGUAUGGAUGGCCACGUCCUGGACGGCCAAAACGUUAGAGGCGUCGGUGCGAAUCCCGAUUUUGUUCACACACCGGUUGGUGUUGAAUCUGCUGUCGCCUCAUUGGUAAACGCCUCUGAGCUUACAGGCGAAUCUGGAUACUCUGGAAACCGCGAGCCUGAGGAUCGUAGAGAGUCUUAUGGAUCAUACGAGGACGGCUCUGAAAGACAGUUCACAAGCAGGAAGAGUAGUCCUACCAAGCAUGAUGGCUCCCGAGAUGUCGAAUAUGAGGGCUCUGAGCGAGAUAUCCAUAGUCAAAGGAACUCCCCCUCAAAGUACGCAGACGAGUACGAGCUGGACGAGCACGGAAGGAAAGUUGCCAUGCCCAAGUACAAGAACUCUCAUGCAACUGAAGCAGCCAUUGCUGCAGGUGCUGCUGGAGCUGCUGCUGCUCUCAUUGGAGCACGCAACCGAAAGUCCGCAGCUGAUCAAAUCCAAUACCCUGGAAGACAAGAGGACACCGGAGCUCCUUUGCACAAAUCAUUCAAGGACAGAGCUCAGGAAUUUCAAAGCCAGAUGUUGUCACCUCGCCACAGUAUCGACGCUCCUCUCAGCGAGACUGCAAGUCAUGAGCGCCUAGCAAGAGACUCCCUAGCAAUGGGAGCCAGCGGGCUUCCAGACCCACAUAAUCCUAUGCCCGAGAUCGGCUUCGGUGGUGCAGAUUCUGAUGUCGAAACAAACCCAUCUGUUAUCCAAGGUCCUAUUGCUGGCACGCAGGAAGGGACCAAGGAUCACUGGCCCGGGAAAGCAACGCCUCCUCAAGCAGAGUUUGAUAGUCACUCUGUGACCCGUGAGCAAAAGUCGGAUGCAAACCUCAAAGCAACUGAAGCUGCUCUGACCGGUGCUGCAAUUGGUGGUGUAGCUGGUCUUGCCAGCCACAGUCGGGAUAAUAGCCACGAUCAAGACCACGAUGAAGAAUGGCACAGGACUUCGGGAGAGCGAAAGCGUGAUACUCUCAUCACCAACCCCUACGAAGGCACAAGCCCAAUUGCCGCCAUUGGUGCCCUUGAUCGUGAUCUCCUUGGCCAAGGCUUGGGCAAUGAUUUUGUUCCCACCAAGCUUAACUUUAAUGGACGGACUCCUGCUUCGCCUAAAGACGAGGGCUACAUAUCGUCCGCGCCCAAUAACGCUCGUUCCCCUGGAGCCAUGACACCGGAGCAGAGAGCAGAUGGCGUUAGAUUUAUGGAUCAAGAAUUUGAUGGUCUAGUCGAGGGUAUGGAUGGUGGAGAUCCAUUUUAUACUCCACAGCAUUCCCGUCAUCUGAGUGGAAUGUCACAUGGCAUGGGGUCACCGAUCUACGAUAGUGCUACUGGUCAAGGUAUGGAUCGUAUCCAAUCUAAGGAUAUCGUUGCAUUGAUGGAUCAUCUUACUGUUCGAGAUGCUCAACGAAGUGCGCGUGAUACAGAAAUCCUCGUCACCCUGGUUCGAGCAGCUGCGGAGAUGCGCAAUUCUUUCGAGGACAUGAAACGUCUUCUUGCUGAUACCGAGGAUGUUAUCAUCACUGAAGUCCAAGGCAAUACCGAGAAGUCUGUCCAAAAGAUAAUCAACGGCCCUAGACCUCAACCGCAAAGUGCUGCACGAUCUUUGCGAGGAGGAUCUCAGGAUGAGAUGUAUGAUGAUCUUCGAGCGAAGAAGAGGAACGUGUUCCGAAGAGCCCUGAAAGGUCUUAGCAUGAAGAGCACGAAUGAUCUUGGAAAGAUCGAAGAUAUGCUGGUGCAAUUACUUGGUGAUGUAGAAGGUCUCAAAGUCGCUCAAGGACUCAAGCCAGGCAGUCAUCCUGGUGAAUCCUACGAUGAUCUUGGUCAAGAAGGCAACUACGAGCACGACCGAGGCUACGAGCCUGAAGGCAAUGCAGGUACAUCUACUGCUAGCCAUGCAAGCCAGUCUGGUCAUCUAUCAAUUCCUCGUGGAGCCAGCGCCUCGAGACCUUUCGAGAGCCGCAAAUUCUCGGACCACCGCAUCAGUACUGUGCCUGAAGGUGAUGAGGAAGAAGCUGAGCAUCAUGAGCCAGCUGCCUUGGAAAGCCAGUUUGAUAUAGACGACAGGCUACUUACUCCCACUCGAGAAAUUCCUCGUGGUGGAUCUGCUCCUCUUGGAACACCGCCACAACAAUAUGUUCCUCAGGCUUCGCUUAGCAAUGAGAAUACUCCCAAGACAGAUAAGAAGAAGAAGCAUGCAUCAAGCAGUUCUUCUGGAUGGAUUCCAAAGGUCUUAGGUUCUCGUUGGUCGGAGACCACUGCAUCGACAGUCUUCCGUGGAUUCCGAAACAGUGGACGUAGCAGUGGGCGCAAGACAGAAGACCAAUAUCAAGAGCCACCUUCGAGGUCAGGCUCUGAGCUUGGGAAUUAUGCGGAGCAGGACCAAGAUACCUAUGGUGACGACAAGCUCAAUACUACUAACUUCUCCCACGAGCAAGUGCAGCACUUCGAUGAGAAUGAGCCUCCACUUCCACCGGAGGAUCCCAAGUACAAAGCUCAUCGAAACUCGUUGAAUCUACAACAUCCUCAACCAAGGCCUGGCCCUACCCACCGAUACCAGACAGCACUGGAAUCACAAGCUGUGAACUUCGAUUCUCCGAUGUCACCAAAGUUCUCCGACUGGGGUUCUCAAACUAGCUUGAAUCGCCUUCCACAACAGCAGACCAAUCGAUACAGCAAUGGUACUAGCAAUCCUGGAAACAUGUCUCCCAUCUCUGAUGGUGGAUAUUCCAAUGGCUCAGCUGCUGGCCAACAACCUCCUCAACGACCACCCAAAGAGCCUCUUGCUCCAGAGCGGCCUCCAAAGAUCCGAUCUAGUAAGCUUACCAAGCCCAGUCCAUUAAGCAACGAGCACGUAGCAAUGGAUGACUACGAGCCUGGCGGAUCACCAAGAUCAGCAGCACGAAAGCUUUCCGGGUCAUUACCCGUACCAACUAGAAAACCCACCGGCCCAAGAAGCAUGAGCUCCACCAAGAGCGGAGAGCUGAAUCGGGACGACGGAACCGUCAUCAGACGAAACAGAAAUAGAGAUACCUUUGGCACAAUAGCCAGUAAUCACAGCGGCGAGUCCGAGACCUUCUGA